AUGUCCAUCCAUUUUGGAUGCACCAACGAAACCAGCUUCACCGCAGUCUACAUCUUCCGCACAGAUCCGCUUUCCGCUCAAGUAUUGCUAGCUACCGCUUUAGUCCAGGUCCGCCCACAUCAUGGUAAUCCAAUCACCGCCAGAGUGUUGAUUGAUCAAGGUUCAGAGCUCUCAUUUAUGAGACAGUCGCUCUUCAAGAAGCUUGGACAACCGCUACAGCGUGACAUGGUCAUGCUCAAGGGCAUUGGCAAUGUCUCCGCAGGAAGCUCACUAGGUGUGAGCACAAUUGAGCUUCGUUCGCUGUGUACGACCGCAUCAAUGCAUGUCAGCAUGCAUAUUCUACCAACACUGCCGGUAGAUCUUCCAUCGUUCGUGAUCGCUGAUCCGAAAUGGCCGCAUCUUGAGAAUCUCAAGCUCGCUGACCCGCAGUAUCUACAGCCACGCCCUGUAGAUAUUAUUCUAGGUGCAUCACCAGCCGCACAGAUUAUGAACGCAGAGAUUCAACGAGGACCUCGCAAUGCUCCUAUUGCACAAUCCACCACGCUUGGUUGGAUCGUCUAUGGGGCUGUCACCGCUAAACACGCUUCAACAUCACACGCAGCACUACAUGCGUCAGUAGAUACUGAAUUACAAGACGCUAUCGCUAAGUUUUGGGAACAGGAAGAAGUUCCAUCAGGAAGUUCACCGCUCAACACCGCUGAAGAAGACGAAUGUGAAAUUCACUUUCGUCAAACGCAUUAUCGACAGCCUGAUGGACGCUACGUAGUGAGAUUACCGCUUAAGGCCCUUGAGAGUCAACUUGGCGACUCUAUCAACGCAGCUAUGGGGUCACUCCGCAGAUUAAUAACUCGCUUGUCGCGAGAAAGAGAAUAUUCUGACAUGUAUCGUGCAUUCAUGGCAGAAUACAUUCAGCUAGGACACAUGGUACGAAUACCAGUCAACGAAUUGCCCGCAAACGCUUACUUCUUGCCUCACCAUGGGGUAUUGAAGCUUGAUAGUACCACUACGAAGCUCCGCACAGUGUUCAAUGGUUCCUGUGCAACAUCUACAGGAAUUUCAUUGAACGACAUUCUCCACGCAGGACCCAAAACGCAAAUUGACAUUUUUGAUGUGAUGUUGAGAAUCCGUUGCAGCAGGAUUCUAUUCGCUACUGACAUCACCAAGAUGUUCAGACAGAUUGAGGUCGACUCGCUUGAUUGGCCGCUUCAGUGCAUUCUCUGGAUAGAUGAGAAUGACUUAAUAGACGCUUACUGUCUCAAGACAGUCACAUACGGAACCGCUAGUGCACCUUUUGACGCUGUACGUGUGCUUAUCCAACUAGUAAAGGAUGAAGGACACCGCUUUCCGCUAGCUGUUGCUCCAAUGUUGAAAACACGCUACGUAGAUGACAUCUACGGUGGAGCAGACAACGAAGAAGACGCUAUCAAGGCUGCAGUACAAACAAAAGCUCUGUGUGCAGCAGGCUGCUUCCCGCUUGCCAAAUGGGCUAGCAAUAGCCCACGGUUACUCGCUGAAGUCGCUCCAGAAAAGCAGCUGGAUACACCGCUUAAAGAAAUCAGUGAUGCACCAGUAAAAAUCCUGGGCAUGUACUGGAAUUCACGCACUGACGCUCUCCAGUUCAAGUACACGCUACCGCCAGAUACGCCUAAGACAAAGAGAGCUAUUUUGUCUGAAAUCGCUAAACUGUAUGAUCCGCUAGGACUUCUCGCACCAAUAGUCGUCAAAGCCAAGAUCUUUAUGCAAAAUCUGUGGCUAGAUAGAGUGUCAUGGGAUGAACAAUUGUCACCAUCACUCAUUCACAAAUGGACUGGAUACCGCGAGGAUCUUCGAAACAUCGAAUCCAUCCGCAUUCCACGCUGGAAUAAUAUAGCACCUGGAGCAACUAUGGAAUUGCACGGGUUCUCAGACGCUUCGCAAAACGCUAUGGCUGCCGCUGUUUAUUUGAGAGUCACUGACGCUGAUGGGAACACAAAGGUCUCACUUCUGUGUUCAAAACGCAAGUAG